AUGGCCACUUUAACGCGAGCUUUACAAAAAUUAGCCUUAACAAGCACUCAAAAUGCGCCUAAAGUCUUGACUAGCGUGAGAUACCGCCAUGUCCCGCCGCCAAAACCCGAAAUUGGACAUGGGAAGAGUUACCGAAGAAUCGUUCACUUCCCCGAAAAUUACACCGUCAAGCCUUUGGACGUGACCAAUUUGGGGGGCAGAGACCCCGAGACGGGCCGGCUGGCUGUUAAGGGCAUCGGCGGGGGCAUAAAACACAAGUACCACUGGAUUGACUGGAGACGAGUGGGCCCCAGUGAGGGCCCCCCACAAACCGAACGAGUCAUUAAAAUAAUCAAGGAUGGGUGCAGGACAGCUUUCGUCGCACUUGUAGCACAUGGUGACAAAUUAAAAUAUAUUCUAGCCACGGAAAACAUGAAACCUGGGGAUUUAAUCAAGACCUCGUGUCACAUCCCCCGUAUUCCAGUUCGUGCCAAUGAGGGUGAUGCGUACCCCCUUGGGGCGCUGCCGCUGGGUACUCAGGUUCAUUGCAUUGAGAAAGUCCCAGGUUUGGGCGGAUUUUUGGUCCACACGGCGGGGUCUUUUGCUACAAUAAUGCGGAAAGUUGAUAAUAGAGUUAUUGUUAUGAUGCCGAGUAAAAAGGAGUUUAGUUUGCUGGAGAACUGCAUGUGUACUGUGGGUAGAUUAAGUAAUGUGGAGCACGCUACAACUCCUAUUGGUUCAGCGCAAAAAAAUAGAGAAUUGGGGAACAGGCCUAGGUCUGGAUGGUGGCAACGCAAAACUGGACGAUUUGGACGAAAGCUAAGGCGGCCACCGCCUGUUAAAACUAUCGGGCCUAAGGAAGACACGAAUCAAGAAGUGGUAAAGUUGAGUUUCGAUGGAUAUUUUUGCAAGACACCAAGGGCUCAGUUUCAUUAUUAAUUAAUUUGGAUGUCGGAGUUUCGAAAUAAAUUGAUUUAUUGAGUA